GGUUCUUUGAUCACGACGAUGUUCCCGUUUCCUUAAAACUCUCAAAUAUGUCGACAUUUUCAUCCCUCCUAUGUUUUCCUAAAAUCACCCCUUUAAAAUCAAACCCAUUCUUGAUCGUAAAAUCCCACAACAAGAUUUCGAUUUAAUGGGAAUUUCCUCUUCUGUUAGAAUGAAAACUUUCUUCUGGGCUUCCAUCAUUCUCCUUCCGGCGGUUGUGUUGGCAGAAUGCACCUGCGAGCUCAAAGGAGAGGAAGAUCGGAACAGGGCUGGGGCUUUGAAGUACAAGCUCGCUGCCAUUGUGGCGAUCCUGGCCGCCAGCGCCGUCGGGGUCUGCCUCCCGGUGCUGGGCAGGACGGUGGCGGCGCUGAGCCCGGAGAGGAACUUGUUCUUCAUCUUGAAGGCGUUUGCCGCGGGAGUGAUUCUGUCGACGGGUUUUAUUCAUGUUUUGCCGGAUGCGUUUGAGAGCCUGACAUCGCCAUGUCUCGGGGAGAAGCCGUGGGAGGAUUUCCCGUUCGCGGGGUUCGUUGCUAUGGUGGCGGCGAUCGGGACAUUGAUGGUGGAUACGUAUGCGACGGCGCAUUACCAACGGCAGGCGGAGAAGAAGAACUGUAAGAAGGAGGAGGAGGAAGAAGGGAUGGUGCCGGUUCACACGCAUGCUACGCAUGGGGCGGUGUCGUUGGAGUCGGGGGAGACUGAACUGCUUCGUCAUCGUGUCAUCUCUCAGGUUUUGGAGCUGGGAAUCAUAGUCCACUCAGUAAUAAUUGGCAUUGCUUUAGGAGCUUCGGACAGUCCUAAAACCAUAAGACCUCUCAUUGGUGCAUUGACCUUCCAUCAGCUCUUCGAAGGCAUUGGUCUUGGAGGUUGCAUUACACAGGCCAAGUUUGAUGCGGCAGCAAUAACAUUAAUGGCGAUUUUCUUCUCCCUUACGACCCCGACAGGCAUAGCCGUUGGCAUCGGACUAAGCAACAUCUACAGUGAGACGAGCCCGACAGCGCUGAUCGUGGAAGGGGUGUUCAACUCGGCAUCGGCAGGAAUAUUGAUCUACAUGGCCUUAGUUGAUCUCCUUUCUGCUGAUUUUAUGAGUCACAAAAUGCAAACCAAUUUAAAGCUUCAAUUGGGGGCCAAUGCUUCUCUUCUUUUAGGUGCUGGUUGUAUGUCUCUCUUAGCCAAGUGGGCAUGAAACGAUUUUAAUUUUUUCUUUUUAAUUCUUUUUAAAAAUUGAAAACCAAAACAAAUUUAGACAAACGCAAAUGUUUGCGCUUCUAAUCUUUUAUUGCAAAUUAUUGUUAUAUUUUUCAAUUUAUA